UAGCGGGUAUCGAUGACCCGAGAAGGGAAGAGGAGGAGGAAAGUGACAAGAGAAGGCGGGAUCGCUGGAAACACUUUUAGCUUUGUCCUUUUCUUUUUCUAUGCAAUAGUCUGACGAGAAGUUGCCAUGUUACGGAUCGUGGGCACAAGUGCUUCUUUAAAGGCUGCUAGCGCUAAGUUGCUACAUGACACCUGCACAAGACACUUGCACAGUACGUGCGAUGUUGCCGUGGUGGGCGCCGGCAUCGUGGGCCUGGCCACCGCCCGGGAGCUCAUCCUGCGACACCCCACCCUCACCUUCACCCUGUUGGAGAAGGAGAAAGAACUCUCGAUGCACCAGAGCGGCCACAACAGCGGCGUGAUCCACAGUGGAAUCUACUACACGCCUGGCUCGCUCAAGGCUCGCCUGUGCGUGCGAGGGGCGGCGCUGGCCUACGAAUACUGCGACAAGAAACAACUUCCCUACAAGAAGUGUGGCAAGCUCAUCGUGGCAUUGGAUCAGGAGGAAAUCCCUCGCCUCAAAGCGUUAUACGAGCGGGGGCUGAAGAACAACGUGCCGGGGCUCAGCAUCGUGGACGCCAAAGGAAUUAGAGAGCGAGAGCCAUACUGCAGGGGCGUCAUGGCGCUGGACUCCCCAAACACGGGCAUCGUGGAUUGGCGGCAGGUGGCGCUGCAGUACGGCAAAGACUUUGAGGAGGCCGGCGGCAAGGUGGUCACGCAGUUCGAAGUCAGUGACAUCUCCAUGGCCGCCGAGAGCCCUGCAGGGGGCGCUGAAGGACUCAAAUAUCCAAUCGCCAUCAAGGACAAGAAGGGCAACGAGCUACGCUGCCGCUACGUGCUCACCUGUGGGGGGCUCUACUCGGACCGCCUGUCGCAGAUUUCCGGGUGCAGCCGGGAGCCUCGCAUCGGCCCCCUCCCAGGAGAUUAUUUCAGCGAAAAUAUGUUUCACUGUUGGCACUUUGCGUUUUCCAAGGUGCCCGACCCUCGCUUCCCCUUCCUGGGCGUCCACUUCACACCGCGCAUGGACGGCAGCAUCUGGCUGGGACCCAACGCCGUGCUGGCCUUCAAGAGGGAAGGAUACCAGAUCUAUGACUUCAAUGUGAGAGACCUGGCUGAUGCGCUGUCAUUCAGAGGCCUCCAGAAGCUGGUGUUGAAGAACAUCUCGUACGGCAUUGGCGAGAUGUACCGAGGCAUCUUCAUCGGGGCGCAGGUCAAGCUCCUGCAGAAGUAUAUCCCCGAAUUGUCCCGCAGUGACGUGCUCAGGGGUCCGGCCGGCGUGCGAGCGCAGGCGCUGGACCGCGACGGCAACCUGGUGGACGACUUUGUGUUCGACGGCGGCGUGGGCGACCUGGGCAGCCGCGUGCUGCACGUCCGCAACGCUCCUUCGCCCGCCGCCACCUCCUCGCUCGCCAUCGCCGAAAUGGUCGCCGACGAAGUGGAGAGCCGCUUUGCGCUCUAAUCGCGUCGGGCUAACCAGGAUGUCGCCAUCAUGCGGGCGGGGGGGGGUUGGCGGCCGCCAUUUUUUAUUAUUUUUUUUAAAGAAUGGCUCCACUGAGGUUAUCGUUGCGAGAGGCGGCGGGGACCUUGGACCGAGAAACAAAACAAACGUCUGUUCACACCCAUGGACAGUUGAGAGCCAAAAGAUGCGGCGUUUUGGGGAUGUGGGCAAAAAACAAACUCCAGAUUGCAAACGGUAUCAUCCGAUCUGUGAACAUAAUGUGCUCGUAAAGGCUGAAACCAUCUUUUGCAAUGUGAAAAUUGCAUUUUGCUACAUUGCAAUGUUGAUUUUGAAUGUGAUUCACUGCUCAGCUUGAUGCAGCAGUCAUGCCAACCACUAUUUUGCCGACUUAUUGCCACUAUAGAAAUGGCAUUAAACCGUAACACCAAAGACUCCACUGCAGUAUUACCACAACAAAGAAGAUGGUGCAAAAACCGCACGGUUUUAGACUGAGCAAGUUGAUCUCCAGACUUAAACCCGACAGAGAAUGCACUUUACCCGUUAAAGAAGUGGCUCACGAGUAAUACCUCAACCAAUUGCAGAAGAAGAAGGAUGUAAUCGUCUCUGUGCCAAAGUGAAGUAAAA